ACAAACCAUCAACAAAGCAAAACAACACAAAGCAAAGGAAGCAUACAAGAAGAAAGCUUAACUUGUCAAGCAAGCAGACAUGGCACUGAUGAAGAAGAGUAUCUUUGCUCUUCUCCUCUCAUCACCAAUCCUGAUCAUCUGUCUUACUGCAUUGCUCGCUGCACCGGUUUCAGUCGGAGCUCGCCGGUUAGUGGAGGAGAUUCCUAAACCGGAGAUACCAAAACUGCCUGAAUUACCUCACCCGGAGCUACUGAAGUUUGAAGUUCCCAAGUUGCCUGAGCUCCCUAAACCAGAGAUGCUUAAGUUACCUGAGUUCCCAAAGCCUGAGUUGCCAAAAAUGCCAGAGAUUCCGAAGUCUGAAUUGCCAAAGGUGCCAGAGAUUCCUAAGCCUGAGCUGCUUAAGUUCCCGGAAAUUUCUAAACCUGAAUUGCCAAAGAUGCCAGAGGUUCCAAAACCUGAGCUGCCCAAGUUGAUAGAGGCUCAGAAGCCUGAGGCUCCAAAGGUACCAGAGAUUCCAAAGUCAGAGAUGCCAAAGGUGUCAGAGAUUCCUAAGCCCGAGUUACCAAAGGUGCCAGAGAUUCCUAAGCCCGAAUUACCAAAGGUGCCAAAGAUUCCUAAGCCCGAGUUGCCAAAGAUGUCGGAGAUUCAUAAGCCCGAGCUACCAAAGGUACCAGAGAUUCCAAAGGUGCCAGAGAUUCAGAAGCCGGAGCUACCAAAAGUACCAGAGAUUCCAAAGCCAGAACUACCAAAGAUGCCAGAGAUUCCUAAGCCCGAGUUACCAAAGGUGCCUGAGAUUCCAAAGCCCGAGUUACCAAAGGUGCCUGAGAUUCCAAAGCCCGAGUUGCCAAAGGUACCAGAGAUUAAGAAGCCAGAAUUACCAAAAAUGCCGGAGAUUCCAAAACCGGAGGCUCCUAAAUUGCCAGAGAUUCAGAAACCUGAAUUACCCACCAUUCCGGAGGUUCCAAAACCUGAUGUACCGAAAGUUCCAGAGGUUCCGAAACCAAAGCUACCAAAAAUGCCUGAAGUUCCCAAGUUGCCAGAAUUUCCAAAAGUUCCUGGAACUCACUGAGCCUAUUGAACCAGAUGAAGUCCCACCCCCACUAUCUUAAAUUACAUUCACUUGUGUCUGUCUAUCUCAUCGUCGGUUCCUUAGUGAACCUUAUCUAUGUCGUUUGUUCUUGUAGCCAUACUUCUUUUUCUUUUUUGAAUUUUACACAUGCUUGUAUGUUUCAUACGAACAGAUUUCUUUGUAUUUUUUUUGAUAUACCCUUUUUAAUGGAUUGUGUUACUUA